CGUGUGGUGCCUCCAGCGGUGCCUGGCAUCAUGUUCCUGUCUGGUGGCCAGUCCGAGAUCGAAGCGACCAUGAAUCUGAAUGCCAUGAAUUUGCAACCCAAUCCCUGGCACAUCUCCUUCUCCUACGCUCGUGCGCUGCAGAACACCACCCUCAAGACCUAUGCAGGGAAGGACGAGAACGUGGUGGCAGCGCAGGCAAAGCUGCUGAUCCGUGCCAUGGCGAACUCCAAGGCGCAGCUGGGUCUCUACGACCCUGCCACGGCGGACGAGGAUGCGACGGCAGCAGAAGGGAUGUACGUCAAAGACUAUGCCUACUGA